AUGUCUAAAUGUGAGAUUGAGUGUUGUGACAAAGGGAUAGUGAUUGAUGGAAAAUGCCGUUGCGAUAUAGGGGCAUUUGGUGAUGAGUGCUUUGAUAAUUUAUAAGACAUUUACAAAGCUCCCUAUUACACAUUCUAAGGUGUAUACUGCGCAGCUUUUGUUUUUAUACUCUUUAUAACAAUUCGUCAAUUCUAGGCCUCUUUGAAGACAUCCAAAAUCCCCUCUUAUUACACGUAAUUGGUCUGAACAAAUUGUAGUUGUUUACAGUACGCCUUAGCUUUAAUAGGGUCGCCUUAGAAUUUUAUCCUUGUUCUGACAAUCAUAAUGUCGACAUGUAAACUGAUUUGGCUAAUCCUGGAUCCCUUUGAAAUAUAUGUAAAUGCAAGAUUGUAAACCUAUAUUAGAAAGGGAGGACCAUAGUAAUCGAGAGGUUGUUAUCAGAGGUGGUUUACACAUUGUUAUUUUACAUCUACGGAUGUCUGUUGAUCGUGUGGUACACAAUGUAUGACGAGAUCUCCUUCAAUGUUUAUCAGGACAAGGAGAGGAGGAAGUUCAUCUUCAAAUAUUACAAGGAAACAUUGAAGUUCAGACUUUUCGUAGUCUUCUUGGUGCAGAUCGCAGUCAGUACCAUGAAUGGUAUCUAUCUUAAAGUACUAAACUAGGGCUAAGGAAAGGAGUUUAAUACCCUGCGUUUUUAAUGUUCUGUUAUAUAUUCCUCUUGGUCAAUUUCUUCUUCUUUAUCUUUGAGUUUCUGAUUUACGGGCAAUCUCUUCAGAAGUGCAUCAGGGAAUAGAUUCACAAUUGCAAAAGAUAAUACCUCGAACAGCAAAAGAAUAAUAUUGAUCAAAUUGAAUAAGUCCCCUAAAACGAUAGUAUUUGUAAGUCUCCAGAAACAUUGCAAAGGUAUCUCCGGAUGUCCAUGCAAGCAAGUAAUGAGGAUAAGAAAAACGAGAUAAGAGAUGAAAUAAAAGAUGAGGUUAAAUAGAUUGAACAGGUCAAACCAAAAUUAGGAGUUACAAAAAUUAAAUCGGUUUCAUUUGCUACAACAUUCAUUAAAGGAAUGCGUGGUUCAACCUUUUUUAGGUAGGAAAGUCAAAAGCAAUUGAAAUCACUUUAAAAAAAAGAUAAAAAACUUGAUCCCAAUCUAAAUCAAUUCGAAAAUGAAUUCCGAGAAGAGUAACAGGGGGAAGACAUGAAUAGUUGUUGUCUAAAGGAGGAUCAAUAGACUGAUCUCAAAUGGGAAAAUGAUGAUGAUAGAUAAACCUAUUAAGAAACAAUCAAAUUGUAGAUUAAAGCUGUGAAAGAAACCAAACAAAUGGCUGAAAAACGAAAAUAAUAGGAAACAUUGACUCCGAAACAAAAAUCAAAAAAUGCAAAUAAACAAUUAAGUUACAUCACUAAUAGCAUUCAAGACUAAAAGACUUAGUAACUUCGCUAUCAAUCUGACGAGUACCAAGAAAAGUACAAUAACAAAUCAGCUAAUUUGGUAGUAGAUAGACAGAUCUUAUUUAAGAUAUAAUUAUUGGUGUAUUUUGGAAUUAUCUUAGAAAUCUUAUUCGGAGCCUUGAGUAUAACAGUACUGUUGACUGAUUUAAUAAGAAAUCCUCUUGGACAACUCAUAUAUUUGUAUGGGUCAUCAACACUGCAAUUUUUUUCUUUGAUUACAGUUCUGAAAUUGUUUCGAGACAUUAAAAACCAAGAAAUCAAGAAUCUAAUCUGGAUAUAAAAAGUAGGUAGUAAAAAGAACAAAAUUAAUCAGCAUUUUAUAUUCUCCAUUCCAAAAGAUUAAAAGGAUGAUGAACAAAAAUAAAAACUAGAAUAGAGAAUAAAUAUGAUUACUCUAUAUUGA